UGUCACACAGGUCUUUGCCGGACAGGACACCGUCGUCUGGGCUCCCCACACCCCGGCCUUCGCCGAGAUGGGCUCGGCGCCCCCCCGCAGCCACGCAGCCACCCGCAGAGCCCCGGGAAGCGCGCACCGACUGUACUGUGUGCCGCCUGCCUUGAGGAGACUGUAGCUAACCACCUUAUUAGUAUUCUUGCCUCCGCGGUGUCUCGCUCGCCGGAUCAGAGGGCUGAGCAAAAUGCAGUAGAACAGGGACAGACAGGCUCUGGCAGGCGUCUCGGUGCAGGCUGCCGGAGGUUGGGGGUGGGGGCUGCAGCAGUCAGGAUUAAUCACCUUGCCUUAAUCCCGGGCGCCCAGCGAGCAGACGCCUCCGCGGACUGACCGGCUCUGGACUUGCUGCAUCUGCCCGGGGGAGAGGGAUCCAGAAUACACCUAGUCCCGGGGUCCGCCCCCCACCCGGCCCCCCGGUUUUGGAUGCUCCUGUGGUCCUCCACAGACCAGGAAGGGAACAGCGAGCCAGACCGUCCGCAGCACGCGGCAGCUGCCUCUGGGAGGUGGAGGUUCCUAGUGACGGUUCUCAUGACACGGCUCCUGCCAGUGCGCGUGUGAUCGUGAGUGCGGGUGCCUGCGUCUGCGUGAAAGGGGACGCGUGAGUGUCCGUGGUGUGUGUGUGCGCGCGUGUGUGUGUGUGUGCGUGUGUGUGUGUGACAGAGCAGGUACAUCGUACAGUAGGAGAUUUCAACAGUGCGAAAAUAAUCUCGGGCUCCUGGACUCGCAUCUGGAGUCCCCAGCUCUCCCUGCCCCCUCCCUUCGCCAGCCUCCCUUUCUCCUUUUGCCUUUGAUGAGUUUUUGGCUUACUUUUUAAAAAUUUUUUUUGGCGGAGUCUCUUGGACACGUUUUGGCUGGUGCUGGAGAAUCAGAUAAAUGGAACCUUUGAAAACUGAUUAUUUUUCUCCUGUGUGACUUUAAAAGAAAAAAAAAGAAGAGGAAAAGAAAAUAGAGUCGUCUACGAGAAGCUAGAGGGUUUUAAAUUUUCCUUGGUGAACUUUGAGGACCCAUCAAAAAGAACCCGAAUGAAGUGUUUACUGUCAUUAUACAUAUUUGAUGAAGAGGCUACUGAGGCUCACAGAGAAUUAAUAAUGUGUCCACGGUCAUCUAAUGUCAAGUAAUCAACAGUGAAUACUCUGGGUGCACACACGACAGCCUGGACCGAUGUUUUUCGUGGUUGUUGUCUAAAACAACUAAAGAGAAAACCGACAGAAAGAGAGGAGUAGCAGAAAUGGUUCUCUGUGUUGCAAGACUGCAAAAUAACCCAGUGAGCGUGUGGCCCAAGCAACGGGAACAGCACCAGAUCCGCUGAAUUCAUGAUUUCUUGUACAAGCAAGGAUAACCUGUGUAGAUUACCAAAAUGGAAACAUCCUGAAGCUGCUUUGAAAUCCCAGUAAAUUAAGUGGACUCAGAUUUGACAGACAGGGAAACCGGUCCAAGGACAAUUUGUGACGAGUAUAAAUAAAUAUUUUCUGCAAAAUUCCUGAGCAUUCGUUUAAAUUCUUUGACUUUUCUCAGGAAGAUAAGGACCUGUUGGAUACAUUCUGACAAGAUUGUCAAACACAUUGCCUAUUUACAGCAUCGAGGCCCCAGUGGAGAGCUAGACAGUUUGAACUCCAGAAGGACCAACACCAGAUAAAUUAUGAAUGUUGAACAAGAUGACCUUACAUCCACAGCAGAUAAUGAUAGGUCCUAGGUUUAACAGGGCCCUAUUUGACCCCCUGCUUGUGGUGCUCCUGGCUCUUCAACUUCUUGUGGUGGCUGGUCUGGUGCGGGCUCAAACCUGCCCUUCGGUGUGCUCCUGCAGCAACCAGUUCAGCAAGGUGAUUUGUGUCCGGAAGAACCUGCGUGAGGUUCCAGAUGGCAUCUCCACCAACACACGCCUGCUGAACCUUCAUGAAAACCAAAUCCAGAUCAUCAAAGUGAAUAGUUUCAAGCACUUGAGGCACUUGGAAAUCCUUCAACUGAGUCGGAACCAUAUCAGAACUAUUGAAAUUGGGGCCUUCAAUGGUCUGGCCAACCUCAACACUCUGGAACUCUUUGACAAUCGUCUCACUACCAUCCCGAAUGGAGCUUUUGUAUAUUUGUCUAAACUGAAGGAGCUCUGGUUGCGAAACAAUCCCAUUGAAAGUAUCCCUUCUUAUGCUUUUAACCGAAUCCCUUCUUUGCGUCGACUGGACCUAGGGGAAUUGAAAAGGCUUUCGUACAUCUCAGAAGGUGCCUUUGAAGGUCUCUCCAACUUGAGGUAUUUGAACCUUGCCAUGUGCAACCUCCGAGAAAUCCCUAACCUCACACCACUUAUCAAACUAGAUGAGCUAGAUCUUUCUGGGAAUCACUUGUCUGCGAUCAGGCCUGGCUCUUUUCAAGGGUUGAUGCACCUUCAAAAACUCUGGAUGAUACAGUCCCAGAUUCAAGUGAUUGAACGGAAUGCCUUUGAUAACCUUCAGUCCCUAGUGGAGAUCAACCUGGCUCACAACAAUCUAACAUUAUUGCCUCAUGACCUCUUUACGCCCUUGCAUCAUCUAGAGAGGAUACACUUACAUCACAACCCUUGGAACUGUAACUGUGACAUACUGUGGCUCAGCUGGUGGAUAAAAGACAUGGCUCCCUCCAACACAGCCUGUUGUGCCCGGUGUAACACUCCUCCCAGUCUGAAAGGGAGGUACAUUGGGGAGCUGGACCAGAAUUACUUCACGUGCUAUGCCCCAGUCAUUGUGGAGCCCCCUGCAGACCUCAAUGUCACUGAAGGCAUGGCGGCUGAGCUGAAAUGUCGUGCAUCCACGUCCCUGACAUCCGUGUCUUGGAUUACUCCCAAUGGGACAGUCAUGACACAUGGGGCUUACAAGGUACGGAUAGCUGUGCUCAGUGACGGUACAUUAAAUUUCACAAAUGUAACCGUGCAAGAUACAGGCAUGUACACAUGUAUGGUGAGUAAUUCUGUUGGAAAUACUACUGCUUCGGCCACCCUGAAUGUUACUGCAGCAACCACCACUCCUUUCUCUUACUUUUCAACUGUCACAGUAGAGACUAUGGAACCUUCUCAGGAUGAAGCACGGACCACAGAUAACAAUGUGGGCCCCACUCCGGUGAUUGACUGGGAGACCACCAAUGUGACCACCUCUCUCACGCCACAGAGCACAAGGUCAACUGAAAAGACAUUCACCAUCCCAGUGACUGAUAUGAACAGUGGCAUCCCAGGAAUUGAUGAGGUCAUGAAGACUACCAAAAUCAUCAUUGGGUGUUUUGUGGCCAUCACACUCAUGGCGGCAGUGAUGCUGGUCAUAUUCUAUAAGAUGAGGAAGCAGCACCAUCGGCAAAACCAUCAUGCUCCAACAAGGACUGUUGAAAUCAUCAAUGUGGAUGAUGAGAUCACAGGGGACACGCCCAUGGAAAGCCACCUGCCCAUGCCUGCUAUAGAGCAUGAGCACCUAAAUCACUAUAACUCUUACAAAUCUCCCUUCAACCACACCACAACAGUUAACACAAUAAAUUCAAUACACAGUUCAGUGCAUGAACCGUUAUUGAUCCGUAUGAACUCAAAAGACAAUGUACAAGAGACUCAAAUCUAAAACAUUGACAGUUACAGAAAACAAACAAUCAAAAAGAAAAGACAGUUUAUUAAAAAUGACACAAAUGACUGGGCUAAAUCUACUGUUUCAAAAAAGUGUCUUUACAAAAAAAACAAAAAAGAAAAGAAAUUUAUUUAUUAAAAAUUCUAUUGUGAUCUAAAGCAGACAAAAUUAUGUGUAUUCCUCAGAACCUGUUUUUGCUGCACUUAUUUACUAUUUUCCCACAUCUCCUCCCUGCCUUCCCUGAUUGCCAUAUUUUUCAUAGAUCUCAAUUCCCUAAAGAACUGGUCUAGGAAAUUUUGUAAGAAUUCUGUUACACUUUGAGAUUUUUAUGGAGAAUUCUAGUGAGAUCCAGGCUAUUCUCUGUCUCUCCCUCUCCCUCUCCCUCUCUGUCUCCUUUGUUUUUUUUUUCCUUUGUCACUCAUACCUUUAUGAAGUAGUCCAAUGGGGAAUGCAAUAUUAGAAAUAGAUUUUUAAGAAAGAAUAAGGAAAAAUGCAAGAUCUUAUAUUUUUCAUGUAAUGACCUGUUCUGUAUAUUUGAGGAAGACCACUCCAUGGAAAGAAAAAAAAGCAAACAACAGAUUAAUUUACAUAUGAACAUCUAUAAAACCCAUGACUUUUAAACAACUCUAGAUCCAGAAUUUGUAGUUCAAAAGCUUAAAAUAUGAUUAUAAAUAAAAUAUUGUUGGUUUUUCUGUACCUGGACACAACUCAUUUAUAGUAUGU